ACAAAAUGCUGCAGAAUAACAUAUUCGACAACAAAAAUACUGUUGUUCAACCUAAACUCAAGAUGUCAACCCAAGAGAAGGCUUUCAUGGAGAGUCGAAUUCGAGGGGAUGAUAACAUGCAAAUGGAGGAGGAUGAAUCCAUUGGAGCAAUGAACAACAAAUCAUUGGAGCAAUCAGACUCAUCUCCACAAAGAGAACAACUCUCACCCCAAAGGGAACAAAGUCAAACAGUGGCUGAGGAGUCUGAAAUGCAUCCAAUCACCAAGAAGAAACAUUUCAGAUCAAAGAAGUCCAAUGACAAAGAAGAACGAAGUCAUUCAAAAUCCUACAAGAAACUGAAGAAGGAAAUAAAAGAAGUUCGUAAGGAUUUAUCCACACUGACUUCUAUAGUCUGUAGGAUGGAUGACACAAUCACAAAGCAGUCAUUGGAGCUGUAUGAAAUGAAGCAGAUGCUGGAGAGAUUGGUCCAGAAUCAAACUGAAAAUCAAGGGAAUGAUCAUACUGAUCAGAAUGACAAUGAGUAUGUUGUUCAAGAACAACAUACUCAACAACAACCUACUGAAGAACAACAUACUGAACGUCAAGAGGAAACCCAAAGGGAACAUGAAGAGGAACGUGGUAGUGAUAUAAGCAUAGACGGUAGGGAUGCAGACUUGCUAAUGACUAUAAGAGAUAUAUCGGAUAGUCUAAGUCAUCAAAUUCAGAAAGAAUCAGACCUGCCACAGAUGAUUACUACCCUUCCAUAUGUGAGCCAACCUCUUGCACUUUGUGAAUUGGCUCCAAUGGAUCAAACUGUACAAAUUGUAAAUGAAGAAUCUCAACUGGAAACAACAAAAAAACAGGUUGAGAUGAAAAAAAAUGAUGAAGCAGUUACUUUGGUUGAAAAAGAACCAGUAACUGUGCCUGAUAAAGAUGUGGAAGAAAAACCAAUAAAGAGAAGAAAGCUAUGUAAAAUAGCAAAUAAAGAGGUGCAACAUGAAGAUGAACAAGGUAAUCCACCCACAACAUCUGCUCAGAUCAUAUCAGUAUCUACAACACCUGUCCCAGAUGUGGAAAUCAGAGAAGUAGAUCCAUAUAAUCCGAUGUGGAAAGUGGAUCCAAAAUUAUGGAAGGAAUACUUGCAAUGGAAAAAAUCAAGAAAAACAACCCAUGAAGAAAGGAAAGUAGUCUCCACAACCAGAAAGAAAGACUUUUUCAGACAGCUUGAAGAAAACACAUGGGUACAUGGAGACACAUUGGAUCUGCUAUUCGCCCACUUGCAGAAUAAAAUGUUGCAUCUCAAGCACCAUUGCAAGCGUUCUUUUAGAAUAUUACAUUCCUCUUUUCUGACUGGAAUCAAUAAACCAGACUGCAUUGUUUGGAACCACAUUUUUGAUACUCAUCUGGUGACACCAGAUAAUAAGAAAGCUGAAUGGACAGACCCAACAGCACACCUAAGUAUAUGGACAGAAAAAGAUGUCGAAUACUAUUUCAACACUGCUGUUGGUGAUUACAACGACAUACCAGGGUGGGGAGAUGUCAACUACGUGAUUACCUGCAUCAACAUAAAAGAACACUGGUUGGCUAUUGCAGCUGAUAUGAGAAAAUGCAGGAUCUACGUGUUCGACUCAAUGCCAAAUUAUGUUGAGCAGAAACUUGUUGAUGAAGCUCUUCAAAUGCCUGCACGAUGCAUUGCCUCACUCGCGAUUGCAAUUGGAGUCAACCUCCAUUCAGAUCGUUUCACAUAUGGCCCUUGGCCAAUACGCAGAUCGAAGGCCACAUUACAGAAAGGGCGUUCAUUGGAUUGUGGAAUUUUCUGUACCAAAUUUGUUGAAUGCCUUGUAACUGCUAGUGACCUUGGUUGUCUAACUGUGCCAAACAUGAAACUGUUUAGACAACAAUAUGUGCUGGAACUUUGGGCCAAUAAAUACUUUUGUUAAUAUUUGUAUUCGUUUAUAUAAUUUUUUUAUGUAAUUUUUAUAGAGAGAAUAA